UUGAACCGGCCCUCGAAAAUUUUGAGAAAUUUCUUUUAACUCCUCACGGUUCUGGCGAGCAGAAUAUAAUGUUUCUCUCGACUACAUUCUACGCCAUGAGAUAUUUGAAAGCCACGGGAAAAAUAACGGAGGAGGUGGAAAAAAGAGGUUAUGAUCUCAUCCGCCAAGGCUAUCGGAACCAAUUAUUAUUCAAGAAAGAAGAUGGAUCCUACGCUGUUUUCCAGAACACUCCAACAAGGUGGAGUCCAUGGAAAAAUAUAUCUUACAGCCUUCGUGUUUUUAACUUUAGAAGAGUGCAAAAGUGAAGAUAUGGAUCACAUCCUGGAGAAGGACAAAGCCAUCUUGUAUCUCGAAAAUAACUUUAGUAGCGUAAACCAGACCCUGGCUGUCUCAGUUGUGGCCUAUGCUUUAUUCUUGAGCGACAGGCAUCUCAAAGAAGAAGCUAACGAUAGACUCAUGUCUGUUGCCAAGCGAGAUCAAGACAGCAAUUUUAUAUACUGGGAAGCCAAUGGUCAAGCAGCAAGCAUUGAAGCUACCAGCUACGCUCUUUUGAGCCGAAUUCUUCAAAAAGAUAUGAGAACCUGCAACUCCAUUGUAAAUUGGCUCAAUACUCAACGUUUGCAGUCUGGUUCGUUCAAAUCCACCCAGGACACCACAAUCGGUCUCCAAGCCCUCUCCGAAUAUGCAAUCAAAGCACCAAUGCUGUCCAUUGAACUGGUGGUGGACAUAUCUUCCAGCGCUGACGAAUCAUUCAAGAAAUAUUUGAAAUUUGAAGAAGAAAAUGCCCACGUCUUACAAGUUGUUAAAGUGAACAAAGUGGAUGGAAAUUUAUUGAUCAAAACAACUGGGCACGGCAUUGUUUCUUUAGAAGGUAAAUUGCGAUAUAAUGUAAUUACUCCUAAAGAAAAAAUGUGCAAGUUCGACUUGUCUGUCAAUGUAUCUGAAUUAGAAAUGGAUACAGAAGACGAUGACCUUAUUUCGAAAAUAGACCCUAGAAGCAGACCUCGACAGAUACCCAUCCUUGGGGACGGAUUACAUUUAAAAGGAGCUAAAAGAUCCAAGAGAAAAGCUGUAUUUGAAGAUAGUGAACUCAUAAUGAACGUGUCGAUAUGUGUCAGAUAUUUGGGAAAUAAAACUACCGGAAUGACAAUCGUUGAAAUUGGAAUAUUUUCUGGAUUUCAUCUUGAUGAAGAAGACCUUAGAAAAUUGCAAUACAAUCCAAAGCAUAAGAUCGAACGAUAUGAAAAAUCAAGUAAAGGAUUGAUCUUGUACUUGAAGACGGUUCCCAACAAUGAGCCCUACUGUUUCGAUUUCUAUGUUGUGAGAGAUUAUAUAGUAGGAGAAACUUUGAGAAGUUCAAUAAAAGUUUACGAUCAUUAUAAUCAUGUAUGGAAAGGGCAAGUGGUAAAGGAAAUAAAUCAAGAAAAUGGACUUUUCAAUAUUACUUUUGAAAUCGACGAAGUUAUUCAAGAAGGCAUAGAAAAAAAUCAACAGCUCCAAUUCGAAACAAGGCAACUUUUUAUUCGAGACAAAUGCGUGCCCAUGUUGAAAAAUAAGACGUAUUUGAUCAUGGGAAAAGACGAAGAAAGUUAUACAAGAGAUCGUGGCCAAUUACAGCGCAGAUAUUUGUUAGACCAAUCAUCGAUUAUUCAUCCAUGGACUUCUAUCAAAGAGGCAAAUAAUAGAUAUUUACAACGCGCCUUGGAUUCUCUCGUACGGCAUUUGAAAAAGGAGAGUUGUUUGGAAUAAGUUUAAACAAACUUUCACCUGAUGUUUGGAAAUGAUAAGAUGUUUCAUCGUGUUUUAUAAAAGACUUUAAAGCUAAAUUUAUUAGAAUUCAACUACAUGAAAUUCUAAAAUUUUAUCAUGAAUAGCACUCAAUUCUUUCUAUGUAUUUUUCUUUCCUUCAUUUAAAAAUAAAUUUUCUAUUUUCAUGAA